UGUUCUUUUCAAGAAAAAAAGAAUCCCAAGAAGUACACUAGACUAGUUGAUCCGAGGGACCUAUCGCAGUACAGCAACUCUUCGCGUCCUGAAGACAACAAAGGUUUUCUAGUUAGAAGAUUGAUACACAGGGCUGCAGAGACUCGCCUGGUGUAGGUAGGACAUAGGAAUCAUUCGUUCCUUAAUCUGACUCAUUAGCGACUAACUACGUCAGCAGCCCCACAGACAAGAUCAUGGCUGGCAUUCAAGUGCAACAAUCUCUUCCCCCCUAUGCCCAACCUCAAAUGCAAGGGUUCGCCCCUCCUCCACCUCAAUAUGUAAUGCAGCCGGCGUACCCAGUGUAUUACCCUCCUGUGCCCCAGACCCAGAUUAUAAUGACGCCACAGCAACCGCAACAACAGCAGCAACAACAGCAGCAAAAUGUUAACGUCACAGUACAUACAGGCAUGGACGUGGUUGUUGUUAAACAAGGUGUCAAUCAUGUCCUACAUCUCAUUAUUACGCUCUUCUUCUUUCCCUGGAUAUUUGUAUGGAUUGCAUUUUGCAUCAUAUAUGGCGAAGAGUCUUCCUAUUAACUUCGCAUAUACUUGUACUUGACUGAAGGGAUCAAUCAGCAGUCAUCACCUAUAAGACACCAAUCAUCAGUCAUCAACUACAAGACACCAAUCAUCAGUCAUCAACUACAAGACACCAAUCAUUAGUCAUCAACUACAAGACACCAAUCAUUAGUCAUCAAACCUAAGACACCAAUCAUCAGUCAUCAAACACAAGACAUGCAUUCCAAGGAGCUAUGUUUGUAUCAGCAGUUCACAAUGAGAACAUGUUCUAGCUACUGUAUCAUCCUUCUCAUCCUUCAACAUUUGAAGAGACAGUACAAGACACAACUAUUCAGGACAAGUGUAGAAAGAUAAUAAACUAAUAUUCCUCAAUUGUAUCUAGAGACACAGUAUUCUCAGCGUCCUAAGUAUUCUGGUAGACUCUUUUACAACAGUGAAGUACAAUGCGAAACAAAAUAUGGUAGAGCUGCUCAUUUUUAUUAUACUUUGCAAUUAUUAUAGCUACUUUUUGAGCAAUAAUGUAUUAUUUAUCUCUAUUUCAACAUUUAUCAAUGAUAGAUCACUACUUUCGCCAUCAGUUGAGUAACUCUAUUUCUAUCUCAGCAAUUAACACUAUAUGUGAACAAAACUAUAGCUUUGUAACAUGUCUCUACACACUAAAUAUUGGCAAACCUGAAUUAUAUACCAUCACCAUUAUAUUAUCUAUAAUUAUAAUUUGCAUAUUCAAAAUGUUAUAGCUUUCUGUGAUUUCAAGUUGUUCAGUUUACUGUGAUAUUAAUGCUAUCUUUCAUUAAACGAAAUUCCGUCCAAAAAUGUUUCUUAAUUGUUAUUUUAGAUUUACUUUUCUGUGAUAACAUUCAAUAAUUAAUCAUUCUUAUGUUAUAGUAUAAUAUUUUUGUGUACAUUCAUGAAAUUACCCUUCCAAUUAAAAUUAUCAAAUAUUUUACUUUGA